GUCCAAAAGAGAACUAUUCCCUACCCCCCAACCUUCCCUGGUGCCUCCCUCCUCCACCCCACCACCGUCACGGACGCUUGAAUUGGCUCCGCACGGAGCUCAAACUCACUUUAGUUGCUGCGUAGCCCGCGCACGGUUGGCGCUCCGCGUGUAAAACCUCUGUGCCCCGUGCCACCACCACCAUCACCCGCAAUUAUAUUAUUUCACAAUGUGUGGCCAACUCAUUAUCCAUCAGCGCAACGGAGUACGGUGCUGGUCGUUGUGAACCCGCGGAGAGAAUAUCGACGGCAGGGCUUGGUGUGUGGUUUUUUUGUCCUUGUAAUCAUCUGCGCCGUUCCCGCUUUAGUAUUUACAGGCGGUGCGCUUGCAUUAUUUUGGACUUGGGUUGUCCGGUGACCCGGAGAGGCGCUGCGCUUUUGGAAGUCUCCGCUUUUGAUGGUCGAAACAACGAGCGGCAGUGGGAGUCCGCUGGGAGACGGAGUGGACAUGUUCCGCCGCAGGAGAGACGCGUUCCGAGUGCAGAGCGCACGGCGCAAUGAGGCUGAUGCCGUUGUGGGAUGCACAUCCAACUCCGGGGUGGUGCUGAAGAAGAUCCGCUCGCUCGACGCGUUCAGCGCCGUGCUGCCCAAUUUGCCGGCGCCCGGCAUCUCGGCCCGACGAGCCGCGCCCGUAAAGCUUCCCGGCCUGGACGUCCGGGCGGGGGCGGUGGCCACCCAUCUCAGGGAGUCGAAGGGCAUGCGUGGCCUGGUCAAGUGGCGGUCGUGCGACUCGGGCGUGGAGAUGGCGCACGUGGAGAGCCUCCCGCCGUCGCCGCUCGUGCCCGGCGCGUCUGCCGGAUGGAGCAGCGGGCGUGGCGACGGCAGCAGCAGUGUGUCCGACGAGACGGAGCCGGAAACCGAGCCGGACGCGGCGUUCCGGGCGGUGGCUGCGGCGACGGCGCCGGCAGGAGUGUCCCGGCGAUCGGCCCGCAGCGCCGCGCUGCAUGACGACGGGAGACGCACGACGUCACCAGACGUCGCGAUGGGCGCCGGCGAGGGCGGCGGCGCGAGGGACCAUCUCGGAGGCCGUCUGGACAGAGGGGCUCGUGGCCAAUCUCUGUCCGACGAGACUGGAGGGUCGUCCGGCAUGUCGUCGUCGACCGACGUGUCCCUCGCGUGGAGUAUGGAGAGGGGGAACGCGUCGAGUCACGAUGACCUCAACAGCGUGGAGAGCUGGGAGGAGUACAUCAACAACCACACGCAAUUAAACCAGAUGCGGUGUGAAGGAGAGAUGACACCCGGCUCGGGGCUGUGCCACCUGGACCAGCUGUGCCGCCUCAUGGAGAAGAUGGGGCACCUCAAGGAGGCCAACAAGAAGCUCCAGCAGCAGAGCCAGCAGCUGCAGGCCGAGCUGCAGGCCCAGAGGCUCCGGGAGUGGAAGGCGUGGGAUGUCUAGGCCGGACUGCAGCCCGACGCGCCAGGGCCACUUGUCAUUGCCUUCGCAGAAACUGCAGCCACGGUGGCCAGACACGGAUUGCUUCCCGAGGCAACCCUGAAACCCAGCUGGGUUCAACGGCACCGGAGCCCCCGCGGACCAGAGGGGUUCUCCAGGCAUCAGGCUACGAUGAAAAGGGGGUGAACUUGGGACAGGGGGCUCCAAUUAACUACUUGGCACCAGGGCCCACGCCAACCAGACUACUACACCACUGCCACGACCCCAGGGUCACUGGCGCGAAUGAAAUGUGAAUGCGCCCGUGAGUUUAUGGAAAACUCGCUGAGGAACUUUUGAGAAAUUCCACUGCCCGACGUGGGGUCUGGAGAAUGAUUAUUCUGAAGGGUUCUUUCCUCCCGCCCCACACCUUAGUGCCUCUCAACUUGAACCGUCCCCUUCCCCGUGAGAGUAAGAUGCAGCCACCCUUAAAAUGUUCCCUUGUACUGUAUUUUUAAGUAACGGACCGAGAGUUUAUACCCAUACAUACGUUGUGUACGUUGAUUUUAGAGAAUCCGCUUGACGACUGCGUUUGGGGUCGCCAGACGGAUUCUGUUUGUACUUUCGACAACGAUGCGUAUCCAGCGGUGAUGUGAGCGGUGAUGUGAGCGGUGAUGUGAGCGGUGAUGUGAGCGGUGAUGUGAGCGGUGAUGUGAGCGGUGGAUUGUCUACGUCAUCAUUGUCUUCCCUCGAAGACUCGCGACGGCGGUAUGUGACUUCAGCAAAGACAUCCCAAAUGCGUGGGCUGUGAGAUCCAUUCAUGAAAUAUUUGCCCAAAGCCAAUGCAGCAUUAACGUCAUUUUUUGUUUCUAUAAAGUUCGCUUUCUGGAGUCAAUGUUCGUGACUCAUCAUCUCGAUAAGAGUUUGUGUAUAUAACAUGUACCUUUUAAAUCAGCCAAUGCAUUAAAUGCGUGUUGACCACAUUUAAACAUUUUAUAAAAUAAAAGUUACAAAAGUGACCGUAAAAAACUGCUUGGUACAUUCAACACAACGUAUUUUAUUGUUGUAUUAUUUAGGAUUGAACGAAAUACUUUCGACAUGCAGUUAUAUAUAUUUUGUAUAUAUUUAAGCAGCAGGAAUGUAGUAGUGUACAGCUCUUUAUUACAAGUUUACCGGUUCAAAUGCAGGUUGAGGCGGUGGGGGGGGGGGUGUACUUCAGUCCUUCAUCCAUCAAGGUCGAUAAAAUAGAUACCACUUAGUGGGAAUUCAACAGUGGUUGUCCUAUAAUAAGAAUGGCCCCCCGUCCAUAGGAUUGUGUAAUUUCCACCACUGGCUCAGGAAUGUAACCGGGAGAUUGAGCACUGCCCCAUGUUGCUUGGAAUAGGAAUUCACUUUGAUUUUGACUUUUGAGAUGUUAGGAAUUUUGUCACGCAUCCUUCCCUGUAUACUUUUCUAGCGGCCUCUUUAUAGAUCGCAAAGUAAUGAGACACUCCCCCGAGCCGUCAUCUGGCUUUUUACCGGUUGGGAAUUGUGUCAUGCUCGAUACGUUGCGAUUGCGAAUCUCAAUUGGUGUUUACAUCGGCGUCACUGCAUUUAAUGUCAUCUGUAUUGAAGUCAUAAUUGUGGGUAAUGAGGGAAUUGAACCUCGAGCUCCAUUUUCAUGGGUUUAUUUUCGUGAGAUUUAAUCACUGCAUGUGAAUUCAUUUCAAGAGCUUUGUUUACACGCACGCUCAUCACCGGCAUGUGUCCUUUCCCCGGUUCAUAAGUCUACAGCAGAGACAAAGAUGCCAUGUUUGGUCUUCUGGCUAUCUUGACAAGGGCUGUUUAGUGAGCACCUAUUUAGACCGGUUUCUGCAAAAGAGGAGGUAGUGUGACCAACGCCCAUCUUUGUCUCCCCAGUGCUGACUUUGACACACCAUACCAGGAACUUAUUUAAGGCUGAGUCAAGCUAGGGGAGCGCCAGUAUAUGUUCAGAUACCAUUUGCCAUUAACAACACUCCGCACCUCCGAUUAGCAUGGUUGGCUACGUACGGUGCGAAAGAAGUUCAACUUCCAUACAUAUAUGACCAAGAAUCGAACCGAGGCCGCCGGGUUUAUGGCGCUCCACUAGUCCCUUAUUUUGUAUUCAUACAUCCACACGCCCACGGCGAGUAUUCUCACUCAAACUCUCACUUGACCAAACCAGAGACUUGUAAACGGAUAAUAUAGAUGGGGGCACAUCACACACAAAUGGAGAAAAGCAGAAUUACGUAUGUAUGUAUGUAUGUUUAACUUAUUUCAUGCCGUACGUAGCCAAAUGUGCUAAUUACAGCGCCACUGCGCAUCUUGUACUACAGCUUGUGUCCUCAAAAUACUGAGCUUAAUCGUGGGUGGGGGUGGCCUGGUAUAUCCAUUUUCUUAACAAAUCCCAAUUAUUUCCAUGAAGACCAUUUACAGUUUGUCAUACUAUUUAUAUGUCGGGGGUUGACUCAAUCCUUUACCCAACUAGGUAGAUAAAAAGAGUGCCACUUAGUAGAAAUUCAACGGUGGAUCUCCUUUACCAUGGGAAUGUGGAAUUUCCACCACUGGCUCGGGAAUGUAAGUAGGAGAUGAAGCACCGCCCUGUGUUGGCUUGCAUGGGAAUCCACUUUCAUUCUGACAUGUGAUACAUUCAAAAAUGUAUCGGAUCCUCUCUAGUUUUUCCAGUGGAGUUUUUUUUUAUUUCACAAGUAUGGUAAUGAAAACAAUCAUCUGGAAAUUAGUAUUAUUUGAUAUAUAUAUAUUUUUUUAAGAUAAAAUUACACUGCUGAAAAAUACCCUCACCAAAAAAUAACAACCGCAAGCCAAUUUCCUGGAACCUCGCAAUCCAUUUUUGCGACAUCAGUCAAUUCUGUUAGUGUGCAGUACUCGGCUGGGACUGCCUGGCAGGUGACGUUUCUUCGCAGCGUCGAGACGGGCAUUGCUUUCACAUCGCCCUUCAGCUUUUGGAAAGCUUUUAGGAGUUCGUCCCCCCUCCCCCCCCCCCAAAUAAACCUCUAUUAGACGCGGGGGUGUGGUGGUGGUGGUGGGGUGUGAAGGCAGGAUGCUGCGUACGGUAUAUCCGCUGCCGUGAUUUCAAGGACACUGCCGAUAACCAUUCACAGCUCCCACUGGCGGGGGGGGGGGCAUUGUGAAUAGGAAUUGUGCCGUUUUGUAUAAAUUGUUUGGGGGGGUGUUAAAAUACGCAAUUUUGCUUGGUGACAUUGGCCACGCAAUGGCCUACUUCGAGAAAAUUAUUGCGGGGCUGUAAAGAUCUGUUUUUUUAAAUAGCCACAACGUAAUGUAUGUGUAUGUUGUACACUUAAAGUGCACAACGCUGUGUGAAUAUAUAGAAACAGCGCAUGUUUGUAAUGUACGGAACGUAGGAUAUAAGGCGGGCGAAUGGGGUCCCAUUGUGACAAGCGGUGAAGCACCAUCUGGUGAGACUCCGCCAACAGACGCAUCGCUCGGGCAGGGGGUGGCAAGGGUCAAUCCUUUGCAGUGGAAUGCUUUGUUACUGUUGAAGCACUUUGUUGGGGUUUUUUUUAGUCAUUCUGCUACUACGACGGGUGUCUUUUUUUGAGAAAACAAAUGCUGCCAAAGAUAUUGAACUGAAAGACAAAUGCAAACGAUAUAUAAAAAAAACUUUAAUAAACAAGCAUUAAAACAAUCGUAUAUA